CUCACUCAAUCCUAUAUCCAUUCUCUGCAUUUUUGCAUCAUCAUGGCAUCAAAGUUUUCACUCAUUCUCUGCAUUUUUGCCAUCUGGGCCAUUGAUUUUACCAACAGUGCUUCAUCAUCACACAAUGCUCCAUCACCUUCUGUUGAUUGUUCAGUCCUUGUUAUCGUCAUGUCUGAUUGUUUGUCAUUUGUUACAAACGACAGUACGGUAACCAAACCAAAAGGGACAUGUUGUUCUGGUUUGAAAAUUGUUCUCAAAACUAUCCCUUCUUGUCUCUGUGAGAUUUUCCAAAACAGUGCUCAGUUUGGUCUUGUUUUGAAUCUUACAAAGACUUUGACUCUUCCUUCUGCUUGCAAAGUCUCUGCUCCAUCUCUUUUUAACUGUGGAUUGUCUGAUGCCCCUGUUCCUGCUCGGGCCGCUGCUGCUCCUCGUGUAAGCCUUUCACCAGCAUCUUCUCCUACUCCAUCUGCUGAAGCACCUGGUGAGACCACUCCUUCUGUGAAUGAACUAUCUACAGAACCGGCAGCCGCACCGACCGGCAAGAGUGCAGCAUCAGCAUUGCUCCCUAUUUCAGUUGGAUCCCUUCUUGUUUUCCUUGUAUCUGCAUUCUCAGGCCUUUAAGCCAUGUCUAGUUCCAUUUUUAGGUUAGGAAGAUUAUAACAUGAGGAGUAAUAUUUGGAAUUUCAAUGUUUAAUUUUGAGUAUUAUUACCAUUAAUUAGAGCUAUUUUCACUGUGUAUGACUUGAACCUACCCAUUCAUAUGUAUAUUUAUUAUUUAUUUAUGAUAUGUUACAUGGUAUUGUGGUUA